CGAGCACCAAGCGCGUGCCCGCUAUAAAUAGGGGCGUGUUCCGUCUGGCAGUGUAGAAGUCAAUGAUGGCUGCUCCCAAGAAAGUCUGUGUGGUGGGCUCCGGAAACUGGGGCUCGGCCAUCGCCAAGAUUGUGGGUGCCAACACGGCCAAAAAUGACAAGUUCGAAACGGUGGUCAACAUGUGGGUCUUUGAGGAGAUGGUGGACGGCCGCAAGCUCACGGAAAUCAUCAACACGGAUCAUGAGAAUGUCAAAUAUCUGCGCGGUCACAAGCUUCCUCCCAAUGUGGUGGCUGUCCCAGACUUGGCCGAGUCUGUGAAGGGAGCCGACAUCCUGAUGUUUGUGGUCCCUCAUCAGUUCAUCAUCAGAGUGUGCGACACCAUCAAGGGCCAUAUCAAGAAGGAUGCUCACGGUGUGUCGCUCAUCAAGGGCGUGGACGCCAGUCCAGAGGGUCUGAAACUGAUCUCUGAGGUCAUCCGAGGCAAGCUAGGCAUCAGCAUGUCGGUGCUGAUGGGAGCAAACAUCGCCAGCGAGGUGGCUGAGGAGAAGUUCUGCGAAACAACCAUCGGCUGCAAAGACAAAGCCCAUGGGCCCAUACUGAAGGAGCUAAUGCAGACCACUAACUUCCGCGUGACCGUGGUGGAGGAGUCCGACGUGGUGGAGAUCUGCGGGGCACUCAAAAACAUUGUGGCGGUGGGAGCAGGCUUCUGCGACGGCCUGGGCUUUGGUGACAACACCAAGGCGGCGGUGAUCCGCCUGGGCCUGAUGGAGAUGAUCGCCUUUGCCAAGGUCUUCUGCACCGACGGCCCCGUCUCGGCCAGCACGUUCUUGGAGAGCUGCGGCGUGGCUGACCUCAUCACCACCUGCUAUGGCGGACGCAACCGCAAGAUUGGGGAAGAGUUUGCCAAAACGGGAAAAACAAUCGAGCAGUUGGAGAAGGAGCUACUGAACGGUCAGAAGCUUCAAGGGCCAGCCACUGCAACUGAAGUGCACCAAAUUUUGAAGCAGAAAAACAUGGUGGAGAAGUUCCCCCUUUUCACUGCUGUCCACCAGAUCUGUUUCAACGGCCAUCCUGUGGCAGAGUUCAUCGGCUGUCUGCAGAACCACCCCGAGCACAUGUAAAGGACUGCUGCUACUGAUGAUGGUGAUGAUGAUUAAGACUCACUGUGGAGCUGCUGCUGUAUGCAGCAAGCAAGGGUACUCCAUAUCUCUCAAACUGAGCGUCCGUGUUAAACUACUGUUAUCACUGUUACGUAACACCGCUGUGGCCUUUCGCUGAAUAGAAAGGCCACACGUUGUUGCAUAAACCGUUAACCUCCAAAGAAUUACUACACCGCCUACGCACAAAAGCAAUGCCCAGUUGCACAAAAUUCAUACUUUUCUCAAGUGCCUUCAUUUGUUCUCUGUGCUUGUUGACGUUAUUUAUUCGGGAAUAAACUGUAGAACUCUUUUUCCUUUUGGCGUCCUUUUUAAUGUUUUUUUAUUAUAGCUGUCACUGAGUGCACCGAUGCCUGCAGGGCACACUUACAUGCAGCCUCCUUGUAACCCGGCCUGUCCAGGCUUUAGGACUGCCACUCUAAACGUUUCACCUUUACCAUUUUCUACACUGUACCAUCUGACCUUUUCAACAGUGCAGCCCCCAAAAAUGACUGGUUGGUGGUUGUUGUCCCUGUAUGUCACUUUUAAGUACCUCCUCGUGAAACAACAAAGGGGUGUGAAGGACUGGUUCCUUCUUGCCAGUAGCCUCUACAGCAUCACCAUGCUUCAGCCAAGUCAAUAAUCUUGUUUAGACUGGGUUUGAGAAUCCUUUGCAUAGUUUUUGAGUCAACUGUCCAACAAGAUUUCUAAUUAUAACAAGCUCCAAAGGGGCAAAUGGCUAUCUAUAAUUAGACAGACUUUCAGCUGCAUCAUCUUUCUUCACAGCACGGACAGAUAGAGAUAUUACACCACUGUCUGUCAGGCUAAUAAUACAUAUCACACAGACAUGGGCAAUGAGUCAAAAGUGUUUCAAGUGUCUGGGACAGUUGAGGCAACUUGAAAAUGUAGAGUGUAAAAUGUAAACAAGCCUUGACUUGAAAUCUUCAAGACGCUGCAGUUUCCUAGCUGCAAUACGACCAGUGACCACCUGGCUGUGCUGUCGCCGCAUCACUGCACUCUCGCCACCUUAAACACCCCUUUUUGGCUAUCUUUGACGAUGACAACCUUUCGAAUAAUGUCACACUGUGAUUGUUAAAACGUAAACCAUCGAGUCAAAAUACUGUAAAAUUGACUUUGAAGCCUGUUUGCCUCAUUCGACUCACUUCCUUAAUUCCAGUUCCCAUCUUUUGGGCGUAGAUUUGUCAAGUUUAUCGGUAAAUGGCAAGGAAUUUAUCGAAAGUGGAACUCAUUUACCUUCAAAAUAAAAC